AUGGAGAACACACAGGGUGGAAACCAAGGGGGCUGGUUCAGGAUCACAAUUCCUUACGGAAUAAAGUAUAACAAGACAUGGUUACUAAACUCAAUCCAAAAUCACUGUAGUGUCCCCUUCACCAUGGUCGAUUUCCAUUAUUUAAGAGACCGGGCCCAGUUCUUUAUCCAGGAUGGUAGUGCUGUCUCUGCAUUGAAGGGUAUCAACCACAAGAUUUGUGAUGAGGAAAAUAAAAAGGUAUUGCUUAUCCCACCUCUCCUUCUUGUAUUUCUACGUGUCAAUACCUCUGUUGUACCUUACUCUGUUUUUGUUACUUAUUAUUCUUAUCACUCUCAGAAUAAAUUGGAGCCAGAAAAAAUGGAGCAGCUAAAGUUAAUCAUGAGAAAAUGCUAUGAUAUUGUCCAAAAAUGUCUUGACCUCCAUAAACUUCGUUUUGACCCAGAGUUGGUGGACCAUGAUAUUGCUAUAAUACUGAAUUGAAGAAACUGCAUAUCUGCCACCCUGCAGAUCAUCAAAGAGAAUUUCUCCAAGAUAAGGCCUUAUCUUUUGUCCUUGAACUUGUGCAAGAACAAACUGUAUCAGCUGGUUGGCCUGUCUGACAUUAUACAGAUAGUCCCCACAGUCAAGAUCUUGAACCUGUCCAAAAAUGAGGUACAGUCAGCCUGGGAGUUAAGCAAGAUGAAAGGGCUGAAGCUUGAAGAGCUGUGACUAAAAGGGAACACCUUAUACAGCACAAACCAGUCCACCUAUAUAAGUGCCAUCAGGGAUUGUUUCCCCACGUUGUUAUGUCUGGUAAGUGCCUACAUUCAUCAUUGUCUCCUCUUAUUAACAUUGAUGACUUCCACAAGCACCCUACAGCUUUUUGGGAGACUUACAGAUAGCCCAUUGUCUUUGUUCCUCUUCAGAUAUUACUUGAUAUAUGACUCUGGAGAUGAACAGAGUCUCCUCAAUGCUUGGCAUGAUGAGACCUGCUUCUCCCUGACCAUUCCCUUAAACCCUGAAGAUGCAGCAUUAAACAGCUUGGAAGACUACUUCAAGGAUACCAGGGACAUUAGGAAGGUUGAGGACUCUGACCUGUGGAUUCAGCUGUUAAAGCAUACAAAGUAUGACAUUGUUGACUCCCUCAAUAUGUUGCCCAAAACUCAGCAUGACUUUCACUCAUAUGUGGUAGACCUGAGCAUCUGGAUGGCGACCAUCCUUAGCAACUGUUCUUUACCUUCCCUGCUCUAUUUUUCUGUCAAUGGGGUUUUUAAGGAAGUGGAAGGAAAUUCUCAAGGUUCUCUCUGUGCUUUCACCUGGACCUUCAUCUUGACUUCUGAUAGCAAUUCCAAUCUGUGCAUUAUGAAUGGACUGAUUGUGAGGAAUACCAAGACCAAAGAAACUCAGAACACCUUCUCCUUUCCAGUACCCACACCCUUCUCAAACUGCAUGCCUACCAUCUCCCAGAAGCAGCAGGAAAUGAUGCAAGUUUUCUGCACUCAGUCUUGGACAAACCUCCUGUGAUCUCAGAAGUGUCUUCAGGACAAUGGGUGGAACUACACCACAGCUGGUCGGGUCUUCACUAUGCUCAAGAACAAGGGAAAGAUCCCAGAGGAAGCCUUCAAAUUAAGGACAAAGACUGCCUGCACCCGCCAACCAGAGACCAUAUAUUGGGAGAGGCAUAUAUUGGGAGAGGCGGAGCAGUACUUCUCCGAAACCAGGGCGUAUGGAAUGGGAAGUUUUAAGAUAUCAGGGUUUAAGUCCCAGCCAAGCACCACGGAGGCAUGGGAGUCGGCUGAGUGGGACAAACUGUGUUUGCAGCACUGUGAGGCAGUGCGGAGUGGCUCUUGA